AAAGAUAAAUAUGUUGUUAGUAUUAUUACUAGUGCUUCUAAUAACUUUGUUGUUUGUUUUAAUACAGCGGAGAUAUAGUUAUUGGUCUAAAAAUGGCAUACCAGGCCCAACGCCUUUACCACUUGUUGGUAAUUUUGGAAAAAGCUUUAUUGGAAAGAAGUCGGCUGGUGAAAUUGUAACUGAAAUUUACAGAAAGUAUGCAGACUAUCCCUUUGUUGGUUUAUACCGUACAGUAACACCAAUGUUAUUAGUUAGAGAUCCAGAGUUUAUUAAACAUAUUUUGGUCCGAGAUUUUAAACACUUCCAAGAUAACGACAUUGAAGUAGAUUUGAAAGUAGAUAAAAUUCUUGGAAGAAAUCCUUUCUUGAUGAAGGGGGCUGGCUGGAAACAAAAACGAUCUCAAUUAACAGCAUGCUUCACUUCCGGAAAGAUAAAAGGCAUGUACCAGUAUCUUGAAAAAUCUAGUCAACAAAUGGUCCAAUAUGUAGCAAAUGAAAUUAGAAAUUCGAAACCUCUUGAAGCAAGGGAAAUAUUUAUAAGGUUUACACUUAACAAUGUUGCUGCUUGUGCCUUUGGGCUAGAGGGUAAAAACUUUGAGCAACCGUAUCCAUAUUUUCGAGAAUUGGCUGACAAUUUUAUGUCACCUCAAAGUUUAAAGUCCAAAAUAAAAUGGGCACCCUUCUUCUUAUGUCCAGAAGUUUUAAAGUAUUUUAAAUGGAAAUUAAUACCUGAAGAAGUGGAAGAUAAAUUAAUUGAACUUAUUAGAGGAUCUUUGAACUACAGGAAAGAAAAUAAAGUAGUAAGAAAUGACUUUUUGGAUGUGAUUAGUAAUUUACCAACUGAAAACGGUUUGUUUACAGAGAUAGAUAUUGUUGCUCACGCGGCCAGUUUCUUUAGCGAUGGAUACGAAACAAGUUCUAGGGUCAUGGCUUUCUUUGUUUACGAAUUAGCAGAUAAUCCUGACGCUCAGGAAAAACUUCGAGAGGAAAUAAAUGAAGCAGUAGAAAAAAAUAAUAAUGAAUUUAACUACGAAAUUAUUCAUGAAAUGAAAUAUCUUGAUGCUUGUUUAAGCGAAAGUCUUCGAAAGAACUCAAUAAUCUAUCAUUUAGCUAAAGUUUGCACUGAAGAUUAUACAUACACCUCUACCAAUCCCAACUUUAAAAAAAUGACGGUUCACCUGAAAGUUGGCGACUCAAUAGCAUUACCUUCAAGAGGUUUGCAAAUGGAUCCACAAUAUUUUGAUGAGCCGGAAAAGUACAUACCGGAAAGAUUUUUGGACGGCAGCAGUAUUAAUAAAUAUGUAUAUUUCCCUUUCGGAGAAGGCCAACGAGUAUGUCUAGGUCAACGAUUUGCACUAACACAAAUAAAAGUUGGAGUAGCACAUCUAAUCAAGAACUUUAAGCUUUCCGUGAACUCUAAAACACAACGGCCUUUACAAUACGAUCCUGUAUUUUUUAUGCUACAUGCAAUUGGUGGUUUGUGGCUAGAUUUUAAAAAAAUAUAACAAAUUAAAUUUAAAUGUUGCUUUUUUGCUUGUAUGAUUUUUUUUAAUAAAUAUAUACAAUGUUUACUAA